AUGUACCGGACAUCGAGCUCGAGUCGAGUUUUUGACGAGUUGCUGUCAGGCACAGUAAAAACGCCAGACAGUGAUUUGGAGCAGCAGCAGCAAAAACAACAGAUUCCGAGAAAUGACUCGGAAUCUGAGCUGUCCAAAAAGGACAAGAAUCGCGUCAGAUCUGCCGAGGCCGCUGUUCACUUCAUCCCACUUUUGCUUAUCCUCUGUGCCGCCGUCUUGUGGUUUUGCUCUGAACCAGACAGCUAUUCGGAGGUUUUGUCAGUUGAAAAUGGUGUUGGGGCUGUUGUGAAAAAGAGCCCUGAAAAGCUAGAUGGAGUUAGGAAAACCACAGUUCACAAAUCACAACAAAGCGCACGAAAUUGUUCUGUUCAAGGCUCGAAUAGUGAGUUGCAGAGCACAUUCAAGAAAGAAUUUCGACCAAAGGCAGUCAUCCAUAAGAACGAUACUGAAGAAAAUGAGCGAAUGCUAUGGAGAAUCCGUUUCUCUGAAAGUCGGUCAGGUGUUUACAGGCGUCGGCUUUGGCUGUGCGUCGGCGUCGGCCGCACUUCGAAUUUAGUCGAGGAAAGUGGUGGCAAAGUGCAUAGAAUCGGGUAUUGGGUGUGGAGUGGGAUUGGUUCAUGGAAAUUGGAAUUGGCAUAUCUUGGCAAUGGAGAAAUUCGUGAUGGAACUCUAUAUGAAGUGGAAAGGAAAUCGGAGUGUGGCAAUGAUGCCGGUAGGAAGUCCGGUGACAUGGAGCUCAAUGCUUUAGGGAUAUUUGAGGUCCAAGCCACCCGCAAGAGGUCGUGGGACUCCUAA